GAGACAUAUGACAGUCAAGAACGUCUCUAUCUGUAUAUGAGUCAUUUCCAUGCCUGUAUUAAAGAGUUAUACUCUUUUGAUUUCUAUACGGAACCGACUUCUCAAACUAUAGUCACAACUAAUUAGGUUAAUUCCAGCCAUGUCGUCCAAGAGACUAGUAGUAUGCGGCGGUAGCGGCUUUCUCGGGUCUAGGAUAUGCAAAUACGCCGUUGCCAGGGGGUGGGAUGUAACAUCGAUUAGCCGUUCCGGCGAACCCAAGUGGCUCGCCAUCACAUCCUCCGCGGCGCCGCCGCAGUGGGCACACAAAGUAUCCUGGGAGCGCGCCGACAUCCUGCGUCCGGCGACCUACGCGCCUUUGCUCAAGAACGCCGACUUCGUCGUGCACAGCAUGGGCAUCCUGCUCGAAGCCGACUACAAAGGCGUACUUCAGGGCCGCGAGUCGCCCAUCGCCGGGCUCCGGAAAGCGUUUAGCGCCGCGCCGCGGCCGGGGAACCCUUUGGAGCGCGGCGUGCAGACGGACGAGGACCAGGACAUCCGCCCGCCGGAGACGGCGGCGCAGCUCACGUACGAGAACAUGAACCGGGACAGCGCCGUGGCGCUGGCCAAGGAGGCCGCCGCGGCGAACGUGUCCACCUUCGCGUAUAUCUCGGCCGCGGGCGGCGCGCCCGUGCUGCCCGCGCGGUACAUCACGACGAAGCGGGAGGCCGAGAGCGCGAUUGCGAGCGGCUUCCCCAACAUGCGGGGCGUCUUCUUCCGCCCGCCCUUCCUGUACGACAGCUCGCGGCCCAUCACGGUCGGCAUGGCGGGCAUGACGAUGGUGGGCAAGGUGUUCAACGACGUCACGCGCGGCGUCCUGAGCGGCUUCAUGGGCGCCGCGGGGACCAAGCCCCUCAAGGUCGACGUCGUGGCCGAGGCCGUCGUCGAGGCCCUGGGCGAUCCGGACGUCAAGGGCCCCGUCGAGGUGCCCGAGAUCGAGGAGUUGGCAAACAAGGCGUGGAGAAAAGGCAUGCUCUGAAACUUUCGGCCGGAGAAUGGGGGAAAAAAACUAAGGAUUUUGUAUUAAUGCAACAACCCCUAUAGACUUGUAUCAUAGCUGCCCAACGCCCCAAAUAUGCUUGUGUGAAUCGAUCUAUUCAU